AGAUACGAGCGAAACGAGAAAGAGAACGGUUCGAAGCGGACGAAACAAAGAAAGGAAACGAAACGAAACGAAUAAAACGCCCCAUGAGAGAGACCAACGCGGAGUGAGUAGAGAGCUGAGAAAAAAGAAAGAGAACGAAGCAGAAGGAAACAGCCGUCCAGUGAGAGGCCUGAGCGAGUGAGAUAGCUGCUUAGUGCACGCAGUUAGUUGGCUGUCUACCUGCGUUAGGGAGCGCGCGCGUGUGUGUGUGUGUGAGUGAGUACAUAGUCGGCAGAGAGUUGCGGCAGAGCAGAGGCAUAGCAGCGAGCGGCAGAAACAGCGUGGUCUCAGUCCGCAGACGAACGGGAAAAUUUGAAACGAAUGGACGUGUGAUGCGGACGCUCCACAUUUUCGCUAUCUGAAUGUGUUCCGAGAUAUUUACUGUAACCAGUGCACAAGUGUUAAACGGUUAAAGUGCUCUAUAAAACUAAAAAAAAAAUAAUUCAAAAUAAAUAAUUAAAAAAAGGAAUAAUUAUUUUGUCAAAUGCAACAGCAACUAUCGGUUGCAUGCUCGAAAUUUCCUUUGUGUCUCGUUCUUGUGUGACAAAUGCCGCAGCAACAGCGGCAGCAGCAUUCGGCCUUAUAUACCCCGUCUAUGUAAACGAAACGACUCGGUUCAGUCUGGUUCGUGUGCGUGUGUUUGUGCGCGCUUGAAAACAUAGAGCAAAGCGGAAUACACAAUAAAGGUGCUGUCGAAAGCAACGCGCCGAUGAGCGCAAAAGUGUGAGUGUGUUGUGUGUGUAGUGUAGUGUUUGUGGAGUAACGCAAGAAGAGAAGUAAAAGAAAUGAAACAACGCUGUGUUAAAGCUGAGUGUUAGCAUACACUGUGGAUUACUUAUAUUUAUAUAUACCCUGCAAUUGGAUACAGUACCUCGUACCCCCCACACAUCACUAUGCCAAUUAACUGGCUGGAUUAGCAGCAUACAACCAACCAAAAGAUUGACGCUUGUGCAACACACAAGCGAAUUCGAGCAACGAGUAUUAUGAUUAUGAUGACGCCAGAGUCGAAAGCGGCAACAACAACUGCAACUUCGACUGCAACUGCAACUGCAAAUACAGAUACAAAUACAACAAUGGCAAACACACAAAAGCCAGCGGCAGCGUCGCAGCUCUCCGCAGUGGCAGCAGCGAAAGCAGCAGCCAAAAGCAGCGCUGUCAGCAAUAGCAGCAAAAAGCUGGCUUUGUCUCUGAAAGCGCCAACAACAACAACAGCCACUACGGCCAGUGCCAGUGCCACUGCCACAAAUGUGACGUCGACAAGUGCUGAUAAAAUGCAAAUGCAGCAACGCCAGCAGCAGCAGCAACAGCAACAGCAACUUUUUGCUGCCAGCAGCAUUAAAGUAAAAAGUGAAAACACAUUAGCAGCAGCAGCAACAGCAACAGCAACAGUUGCAACACCAAUAACAGAAACAACAGCAGCAGUAAAAAACAUGUUAGAAAAGAGCAUCAAGAAGGAAUCAACGCCACCGGCAACAACUCCUAAUGUCGAAUCAGUCGAGGCACCCGCCUCCUCCUCCGCCUCAUGCUGCUCAUCGUCGGCGUGGUCCACGACAACAGCCACGUCAGAGGAUGCCAGCAGCAAUGGUGGCGCCUCCGCUGAUGAGGAGGCAGCAGAUACUUCCGAUUUGGCAGCACCAGGAACAGCACUGGGAACAGCAACAACGCCACGACCAGUGCUGCUAACUGCCGUUAAUCCGCACAUCAUCUGUCACCUGUGCCAGGGCUACCUGAUCAAUGCCACGACAAUUGUCGAGUGUCUGCACUCCUUCUGCCACAGUUGCCUCAUUAAUCACCUGCGCAAGGAGCGCUUCUGUCCACGGUGCGAGAUGGUCAUCAACAGCGCCAAGCCGAACAUCAAAUCGGACACCACACUCCAGGCGAUCGUCUACAAGCUCGUGCCGGGCCUGUACGAGCGGGAGCUGAUGCGGAAGCGGGCCUUCUACAAGGAUCGGCCGCAGGAGGCAGCUCUGGCCACGCCCGAGCAGCGGGGCGAUGAUACGGAGCACUUGAUAUUCGGCCCCACGGAUAACAUGUCUCUGUCCCUGGAAUACGCCGAGUUGGGCGAGCUGAGCACCGAGUCCGAGGUGGAGUUUCUGCGACCGACGUACCUCCAGUGUCCGGCCAUGUGCCGGGUGAGCCACCUGAAGAAGUUCGUCUACGACAAGUUCGACAUCGAUGUGCAGCGCUUCAGCAUCGACAUCAUGUACAAGGUGAAGACGAUCGUCCUGCUGGACUACUACACCCUCAUGGACAUUGCGUACAUCUACACGUGGAAGCGGGACGCGCCCAUGCGCUUCUACUUCAGGGUGUACGAGUCGACGCAGCGGCGGGUGAAGCCCCCGCCACGUCGCAUGCUCCCAGCGCCCCUGAAGGUGGUGAAGCAGGAGCAGGAGCCGGCGCCAGAAGCGGCCAAGGUGGAGCAAACGCCGCCGCCUGCAGCAGCAUCUCCGCCCGCCAGCAUUAAGCAGGAGCAGCAGGAGGAGGUCCGUGUGCCCAGUGAGCAGCCCCUCAAGCUGAUCAUCAACCGGAAUAUGCUGGAGAAGCGCGAGAAGAGCCACUCGCCGCAGUCCUACAGGUCGAGCGCCAAGAGCGCCAAUCACCACACGCCCACCACUCCGUCCUCCUCCUGUCCAUCGCCCAGUGGGGAGCUCAACAUCAAGCUGAAGAUCGAUCUGUCCAAGCACAACAGCGUGACCAUCAUCAACAUGUCCGAUCCGGACCGCAAGGAGAUCGUCAAGCCGCUGAAGCCCGAGAAGGAGUCGCGCUCCAAGAACCGGAGCAAGGACAAGGACAAGGACAAGGACGGCAGUCCGAAAUCCUCGAGCAGCAGCAGCAGCAGCAGCGAUCGGAAGCGAAAGAGUCCCAGUCCGCUGACGGUGCCUCCGCUGACUAUUCGCACGGAGCGCAUCCUCAGCCCCAGCGGUGUGAGCACCCUGAGUCCCCGCUGCGUGGCGAGCACCGUCUGCCACGAGGAUCCCAAGUCGGAGUUCCUCAAGUCCUUCGCCCUCACCCCCAUCAAGGUGAAGAUCGAGUCCCCGGAGAGAUCACCCAGCAGCAGCGGCAGCAGCCACAGAGCUCUCACCCCUCCGAAAACUUCUGCUUCUGGCGCUGGAGCUGCGUCCCACUCGCAUCACAGCGGAAGGUCCAAGGCCAGCCUGGAGGACAGGGAGCUGAUGAGGCCGCCCGCCGGAAUGGCACCCAAGUCGAUCGCCUCCUCAAAGCGCAAGAGCAAGGAGCCCGUCAAGGCCGUCUACAAGAAGCCAAAGCUCUCACCGCCCCUGCCCCGCGAAGACUUCAAGAUUCGCCUGCCCGCCAGCAACUCGCAUUCGCAGCCGCAGCCGCCGCCAUCUCCGUCCACGCCGCCACCUUUUGUCGGCAGCUUGGAGAAGCUCAUGCCGCCACCGCCAAAGCCUCCGAUGCUGGCCCCACGCAAGCCCCAGCACGCGGCACAAUUCACUCCGUCCUCGCCCCUGCAUCCGGGCAUGCAGAUGGCGGCUCCAGGCAACCGCACGCCCAUCGCCAAGCGCUACCACCCCAUUCUGCCGAAGGCGGCGCGACCCAAUCCGUUCGCCAACAUUCCCAACGAGGUCAACCGUCUGCUGAAGGACGCCGGCACCGAGAUCAAGUCGAUUGGAGGCAACACAAGCGCCUCCUCCUCCGCCAAGUCGCAUGUGUACGGGCCCAAGGCUGACAGCAAGAUGGGACCACCGCCGCCACCGGCAGGCGCUGCAGCUCCCCACGCUGGACGCCACACGAGCGGAGGGCACGCCAAGGCGGGAAGCAACAAUCAACCGCAAUCCCAUCCGGCCCCCAGCUCCAACGGUGGCCAGAACAAGGCGGCCAACAACUACCUCAAUUUGGCCCUGUUCAAUGCCAGCAAGUCCAAGGGCCGGGAGGCGCCACCCGGCUGCCGCACGCCCAUGUACACGCCCAACUCGCCCAUCUACUCGCCCAGCUCGCCGCAGUACGUGCCCAACUACAACAUCCCCACGAUGCCCACCUACAAGUACACGCCCAAGCCGAGCCAGGCCACCGCCGGGGGCUACCUGCAGAGCAUGCUCAGCGGCAGCGGCAGCGGGGGAUCGAUGGGGUCGGGGUCGCUGUUCCCCUCGCCGCCCACCAAGGCCGACCAGAACACCAAUCCGGCGGGAGCAGCUCCGUCCGUAAAUGCCUUCCAGCGUGGCGCCAGUCCCAACAACGAGGACGCGCCCGAGAAGCAACAGGUGAAGGUCAAGUCGCUGCUGAACUCGUGCAACAUCAACAUCCCCUCCUCGCUGUCGAUCACCAUCUCCAGGGACAACGGCGACUCCUCGUCGGCCAGCAACGGGUCGCAUCCGAAGCACAAGAGUCCCGUCAACAACUACAUCGAGAUCGUAAAGCUGCCCGACCAGCCGCAGGACCAGGGACAGAAAUCCAGCGCCGCCGCCGGUGCCACGGAAGCCCAGAAGCGUCAGUCGUCGCCAGCACCUGCUCCCGGACGCACUCCGCCCCCAGUCCAGGCUCCUGCUCCAGCUGCCGCAUCCAUGCGUCUGCCACAGCCACCGCCCUCCAAGGCCAUUCCCUCCCCGCAGCACCUGAUGUCGCGUAUGACGCCGCCACAGCUGCCGCAAACAGCCCCGCCCUCAUCUUCGCCCACCGCUCCCAGAGGGAUCACACCGCCCAAGAUAUCGCCCCCGACCAGCGCCAAAGGCGCGCCCCUGAAGACCGUGCUGACGCCCUCGCAGGCGGACACCAAGAAGACGCCCAGUCCGGAGAAGCGCAAUGCCGCCCAGAUGGGCAGCCACUCGCCCACCGCCAGCGAGAACAAGUCACCAAAGUCGGCAGGCCAGUCGGCACCAGGCUCUGCCACUCCCAACGGAGAUCCGGCGGCCAAGAAGUUCCGGCCCAUUCUGCCACGCCAGAACGCCCAGAUCCCAGACAUGGCCGCCAAGCUGCCCAGCCUGGCGCCCGCCUUCAACUUCAGCCAGCCCCAGAGCCAGGUGCAGACCGUCGCCAAGAAGGUGCCCACCAGCAAGAAGUCGCCCAACGGAGGAGCAGCUGUCUUCCUGCCGCCCCCGCCGAAGCUUCCCAACGGCAGUCGGCCAGCGCAGAAGCCAAGCCCGCCGCUGAAGAGCCAGCAGAUGGGUGGCAAGAAGCCGACCAAGAACCCCACACCGCCGCCUUCAUCGUCUACCGGCUUGGGGGGCGGUAUCCAAGGGAAUCUGGGCAAGCUGAUGUCCCAUCCUGGUCUGCCGGGGUUGAACGCUCCGCUGAGCAUCGCCUCCAGUGCGGCGGCCGCUGCCGGUCAAAUGGAUCUGAACAACUUCAUCAAGGAGAACCUGAUCCGGGCUCAGGUGGCCCAGGCCGCACAAGCCGCCCAGGCUGCCCAGGCCCAAGCGGCCGUCAAUCAGUCGAGUCUGCUGUACAACUUUGCCCAGAUCGGGCACAUGUCUCCGGCGAUGUACAACUACCAGCAGGCGUACGUCUUGGAGCAGAUCACGCGGAUGCAGCGGGCGGGCAACGAGGUGUUCCACGACUACCUCCAGAAGCUGAAGAGUGCGGCCAAUGGCCAGCAAGGCGAUGUGGACCACAAGACGAUCAUGCCCAUGCUGCCAACCGUCACCCUGCCCAGCCCCUCCUCCGCAACGGCGGCAGCCAGCCCCAAGAGCUCGGCCCUGCUUAACGGAAAGCUGACGGCAGCAGCCACGGGAGCGCCAUCCAGCCACACGCCAUCAUCGCUGGCCAAGGGCGGCAGUGGGGCUAGUCCACGACAGCAGACAACGGCCAACACGGCCGCACCCCACGCGGCUGCCACCAAGAGCAAGUGAACAGCAGCCACCCGUCCAUACCCGUUCCCAUUGAGGCGGAAGCUGAAGGGAGUCCGAGUCUGCAUCCGGAGCGAGGUGUGAGAUGGCCAUGAUUAAAGGAGAGGCAACAUCAGAAGCACCAACGCCAGCAGCAGCAGCUCCUGGACAGCUCUAAUUAAUAUUUAAAGACUUUGUUUUUAGUUGUACCCGUAGACGACCCGCGUCACCCCGUUCGCGAGUCAGAACCCGAACCAGAACCAAUUCCUCGCCCUAAUUAUUGUUAGAAGCAACCACCACGCCACCCCAGAAAGGGGUAGGUAGUAGCUCAUGCCGCGCGGCCUCCAGCCGAGCGUUACGCAUCCAUCCGCGGAGUGUAAACUUCCCCUAGGCUAUAGACCGUAGACCUAUGUAAAUAUUGAUCAUUUUAUCAUCUAUCAGAUGUAUACAGAAAGAAAAUAAAGACAGCGAUUCAGAAUCGAUUUAUGCAUAUACGAUAAUCAUAGAAAUAAAUAAUUAAGUGCUGCGGCAAAGUUGAGCUAAUCCUAAGUGUAAAUACCAUCCAUUAAAUACGAUUUUAUAUGUAUAAUCUUUUUUACCCAAAAACUAAGCGGAAAAAUAAAAAUCUAAUUUAUACCAA